CCACCACUGGUUGGCGGAUGUUUAAAAUGUCAGAAGAUUUCGAAGAAAAAGUUAAGCUGUAUAAGGAUAUGGGAAAGACAGCUUUUGUCAUCGGCUACACUGGGGAGUGUGGGAAGGAGCUCGUCAAAGCCUUGUCGAAGAAUAAGAUAUUCAACAAAGUAGUCCUCAUCGGUCGCAGGAAAGUGGACCUCAGUCCUGAUCCUGGACCAGAGUUUGAACAAAAAGUUGUCGAUUAUGAUAAGCUGGACGAACACACAGAGACGUUCCAAGGAGCACAUGUUGGCUACUGUUGUUUAGGUACUACCAAAGGCAAGGCAGGAAAGGAAGGAUUUAUCAAGGUUGAUCGGGAUUAUGUGCUAAAAAGUGCCGAGAUUGCCAAAUCUAACGGCUGUCAACAUUUUAGUGUCGUGACGGCUUCAUCAGCGAAUAAAAACAGCACAUUUCUUUACAUAAAGACCAAAGGAGAAGUGGAAGAUGCUCUUACAAAAAUGGCGUUUGAUAAGUUGUCUAUCUUUAAGCCAGGAUUGCUGUUGUGUGAUCGCGUAGAGAGUCGCAUAGGAGAACGAAUUGCCAUGAUUUGUAUGAAACCCUGGACAAUGAUGUUUCCCACAAUUGGGUCAGUACCUACAGCGUUCGUGGGUAGAGCGAUGGUUAUAGACACAGUGACACCGGGUGAUGAAAAACUCAGGAUCUACAACAAUGGCGAAAUACAUAGAUUGGUCAAACAAGAUGAGAAGCAGUAA